UGUCAACAAAACUGGCGGGGUGGCUGUCUGACCGAGGCGUGUAGUAGUUCAUCCGGCCGGGAUGUUUCUGAGUCGGUUUGACGGGCAAGCGAAGCUGCUGGUCCGGUCGCUCCUAUGCGGACCCGCCGGUGCCCACAGAGCUCUGGACGUCUUUCACCAGCAGCAGCGAGUCAACCCGGACAUGUCGCUGUCUCCCUUCAUGGAGACACUGUGCCAAGACGAAGUGACCUCUCCACUUGCUGAAGCCCAGCCGCUAACUGUUAAACCCCUGGUAUGCCUGUUCCCAGCAUUAUUCAAACGCAACCUGCUCUCCUUCAUCUAUCUGGUCCACUCGGUUCUUCCUCGGAUCACUGUUCUCCGUCUUCUCAAAUGCCUCAGCCAGGACCCUCAUCCAAGCCCCUGGGUCAUGGCUCUGGUUAGACAGCUGGAAAGAAACCUUGGGACCCACAAUGACCACCCUCUGUGCACUCCACUGUGCAGCCAGAGACUCAAGGAGCUGUCAAAGCAUUUGGUUGGUUUUGCUAAUACCGGAGGUUGGGCCAUGUGCUUCAGCGAUCCAACAGUGGACUCUGAUUCUCAACAUGCAUCUGGUUUAUCAGAGCUGGGGACACAACGGAAAAGAAAGGGCAGCUUUCUCACUCUGGACUCUGAUUGUGAGGAAACGGAACAGCAGAUUAAACGGAUGAAGAUGGACGUCUGUGGUAGUGAACAUCGCGAUGUUGAUGAACUGAGCGCAAAAGAGACGGAAAGAUUGGAAAGUGAGGCUCCAGCAGAAACCCUUGGUGAAGAAUUGCAGGCAGCAGCAGACGGUCCAUGUGAAGCCCUUCCUGAACAUAUAAAGGAAUUUGUUCUUCAAAUAAAAGAAUUACUGGAAAGUCAGACCGAGUGGGACCAGAUCUCCAUGGAUGUGUUGAACGACUGUGACCCCGGACAAGUGGAGGUGUUAUGCAGCAUGCUGAGUUUGCCUGAUUUACCGGAGCAAACUCUGCCAAACCUGUGCAGCAGUAUUUUGGCUCCUGCUCUUGACUUCAGCUACAGCACGGCAGCAACACUCAUCAAGAGCCUCCUGCUGCAGAAGGUCCUAUCCCUGUCAGAACCAGCCUCCAGAUGUUUAGUCACUGCAGUGACGUCACUAUGUAGCCGCUAUCCCAGACCAACAUGCCACGCUCUGAUCGGACCACUUCUGGAGGAAAAGAACAUGGGGAACUUGCAGGCUGAGCUGCUAAACAGACUGAUUGAAGGCUGCCUGGAUUCCCAUUACAUACUACAGGUGCUUCAAAUGACAUUCAAAAUAUCUUGGACUGAGGCUGUGCUCUCCGUUAUCCACAGCUUGCUAGACUCGAAGCCUGACUUCAGUGAAGAACUGUUCACACAGUUCAGUGAUCAGCUCCUCAGCCAGAGUCCUCAAUUCACUAAGUCUGUGAAGUUUGCUAAAAUGAUGCUAACAGUCCUCACCAAAUAUAACAGUCAUAUGACAGCUGCACACAAACACUCCCUGCAAGGCUGCCUGAUGAAUCCCUCAGCCACUAGGAUCCUCCGCUUUUAAAAUGCAAACUACCGCACCAAUAAAAUCAGCAGCUCUACCUAACUGUUCUCCAUGGCAUUAAGACACUUAUGUUGAACAGUCAACAUUGCCUUAAGUUUCUUUGUUUUAUUCUGUGUUGCAAUCUUGUUUCGGUUUGCCUGUUUUAAUUGAAUCCCUGUUUUAAUGUAAUUGUAAAGCACUUUGAACUACACCACCUGUAUGAAAGGUGCCUGAUAUUGUUAACUCUUUCUUUUUUUUGUCCAUUUAUUUUGAGCACUGCACACACAUGCUUUGUCAUGUCAUACAUAAAAUGCAUAUUUAAAGGAUUAGCAAUUAAAGAUGAACAGUUGCAAUAAUCAAUAUUGUAUAAUUAUCAAUAUACAAAGUCACUUUCUUUAUAUUUUAGAUGUGUGCUU